AUGGCGACCGCAUUUGCGCCCUGGCACGUGCGUCAGAACUACCACCCCGAGUGUGAGGCCGCCAUCAACAACCAGGUCAACUUGGAGCUGUUCGCCUCCUACGUGUACCUGUCCAUGGCCUUCUACUUCGACCGUGAAGACGUGGCCUUGAAGCACUUCAGCCUGUUCUUCCUUCGGCAGUCGAACAAGGAGAGGGAGCACGCGGAGAAGCUGUUGUGGCUGCAGAGCCAACGUGGCGGCAACCCCCGCCUGUGCAACAUCCCCAGGCCUGAGGAAGACACCUGGGAGAAUGGCCUGAGGGUCAUGGAGUGCGCCUUGCAGCUGGCAAAGACAGUGAACCAGAGCCUGCUGAGUCUGCAUCAGCUGGCCACCGAGAAGGAGGACGGCCACGUCUGCAACUUCCUGAAGCGUCACUACCUGCAUGAACAGGUGAUGUUCAUCAAAGAGCUGGGGGACUACAUCACCAACCUGCGCAAGCUGGGGGCCCCGGAAGAUAGCCUGGCAGAGUACCUCUUUGACAAGCUCACCCUGGGGGACAGCAAGAACAGCUGA